GCAAAACCCGCGCUUUCAACUUCGCGGGCGGGCCUGCGCCGCCCCGAGUGGCUGAGCUGGGCCCUGACGUGUGGCGCGGCGACAAGCCGUUGCCGGAACAUGGGUUCGUCGCCUUGGGCACGCCGAUCGGCACGGCUGAGUACACACGGGCUUGGGGCACGGACCGCUUAGACCUGGAGGAGGCCCGUUUGCGACAGUUGCCGCAAAUGCCCGACUUGCAGUGUGCCUGGCUCCUCCUGUGCUACUGCGCGGCACCCCGUGCCAACCACGACGUUGCCUGCCCUGCGCCAGACAUCGCUUUCCUCCUUGCAUACUUGGGCGGGUUGGGCCUCGCCGAAGCGGUUCGCACUGCCCCUGCGGCUUACUGGGCAGCUUGGGCCGAUGCGCUCCCGGUCCUCGCCGCACGCAGCCCUGCCCUUGCCGCAUGGACAGUGCGUGCCCUGUCUGGUGAGCACACCCCUGCUUGUUUGCGGGCGGCGGAAGAAAGCAGGUCUCUGCUUGUGGCCGAAGGCUGGAGUGAGCCCCCUGCAUGGGAUGAACUCGUGCGCGGGGCCGCACCGUGCGCGGCGGAGGCUGAUGCGGACAUCGAGCGGCGACACCAGAGUGGCAUCGCAACAGAUGGCCUCUCCCAGUGGCGUCGCUCCAUAAAUCACAAGGUCGAGCCGUGUGGAAAUUGGUGGACGCUGGAAGGCCUCAACCAUGUCGCUUGUGCGGCGCCUGGUCGCGCUGCGCUCUUGCCGGGCCCGACGGCCGUGCGCGGCCCAGCCCGCGCAGACUGGGCGCGACGCUGGUGGAGCGUGCUCUCCACGGCAGUGCAGCAGGCCAUCGGCCACACAGCACUCGGCCGAGCACGUGCUGUGCCCGGGCCGGCGCAGAGUCAGGUGCCAGCCCUGGACGAGGUGUUGGCACUCGCGCCUGCCGACCCCGUCAGCCGGCACGCUGCGCUGACAGACCGGUCUUCAUCGAGCCCGGUAGCUGCCAUAGCUCCGCGUGACGUGCCCGCACCGCCGGUGUGCCCCGCGCAUGGCCCCCGCCGGCUCGCACUUGACUUCCGCGAGUCCAGCCACGGAUGGGUGUGUUGCCGCGGAUUUCCCCCAGAAGUCCUUCCAUGCCCUGGCCAGCGCAUUCCGCCCGCUGAGGCACCCGAUGCUGCAGCACAAUUUACCUCCUUGGCACCACCAGCGCCCCCAACACAGGCCGGCUCGACUGCCGUACCGGCCGCUGCAGCUUGGUGCAACGAAGGCCGCCCUGACGCGCCCGCACAUGGCCGCACGCAUCGCGUGCGCAGCACGCUGCCGUUGGCCGCCUUCACCCUGCUGCACUCACCGCUUGGCCCACGCCUUGUAUGCGCCACUCUGGCAGCACGGCCUCGCCACCCUUCCCAGCUUAGCCGCACAUCUUGGAAAAAGGAAGCUGUUGGGAGCACUGGAUGCCUCCUCCGCUUCCGCUGCCCUCCUCGACUCAUAGGCUGGACCGUGCGCAGAGCGAGCGGCCACCAGAGCAUGCCGGGUGCCGGACUGCGGGUGGCGCAAAGGACAGUUCGGCUGCAAAAGCCGGUAGCCCAGACUAGCGCAGACAGUAAGGUGUCCAGCAGCCAAUACCCUCAAUGCCAAGCACGACAAGCCGACACCGGCGACCGGAAGCAAGCUCUGGGUAUGUUUGGUUUUGGCUGCCGGGACACGCAGAACUGCAAGCUCUCCAAAAAGAUGUCGGAUCCGAAUCCGAAUGCGCCGCCAUUCAUCCCGGGGACCAGCUGGGGUGGGCUCCACCAGACGCCGGACCUGAACCUGCAUCUGCACCACGAGGAGGCCGUGGCAACGCUCUCCCGUGGUCCUCCAGGCUUGGUUACCUCCGCCUACAGUCGCCCGGCGCCUCCCACGGAGCCUCCACCCAUGCCACCAUCUGGAGCGCCCCCGUUGCCGGGUGUGAGCUUCGGGCUGGGGCAACUGGGCCCAAGCAUGGGGCCAGUGCCCAACCGCGGUUUGGCACCACAACCUGUAGGUGGCCGCCAGCCGUGCGGCUGCCAGGCCAUUGGUGCGGGAGCUAUUGGUGCCGGACCCAUCGGUGCAGGAACCAUCGGAGGGGCGAUCGCUCCGCCAAUGGCACCGUCGCCGCCUGACUGGGGCCUGCCUCGCCAGGACCUUCACCAAAUGCAACAACAGCAACGUUUUCCCGCACAAAUGCAACCCCAAGCCCCACAAGCUCCGCAAGCUCCACAAGCUCCACAAGCUCCAGCGGCUGCCCCACAACCCCCACAAUCCCCCCAAGCCCCACAAGCCCCAGCGGUGCAGCCUCAAGCAUUCCAGCCCAAGGCUGUCGGACGCCCGGUGGUGCCUCCAGACACAAUACCGUCGCAAGAGCGACCUGCACCUGAGGUGCCGCGUCGCGAGUCUCGUGAGGUGCAACCACCCGAGCCAGCCCGUGAGGCAGCACCCGAGCCCCAGCCUUCGCGUGAUGUGCGUGACGGGCCAACCCGUGACCGAGACACCCGCCCUCCAGUCGGAGCUUCGACAGGCCCGGCGCUGGAGCGCAAAGGAAGCGCCGGGGAAAAGUAUGUCCCGCCUGGCUCAGGAAACCGCCCUGCGCCCCCGCCCCGCCCACAAGCCGACUCCAAACCGGUCGAGAAACGAUUCGAAGCCUCUGCAAUCGAGCGCCGCAGGCACAGUGUGGAUGCUUGGGAGGAGUCAGGCCCCAUUCGAGCAAAGCCGGCGCCGUCACACUCCGCAGGCCCUUCGACUUCUGACGACAAGGACUCCAAAGCCCGCAAAGAGCUGCUCCAUGGAGUCUUCCGUGCUUGCGAUCUCAACGGCGACGAUUGGCUCAGUGAGGGUGAGUUCCGCAACAUCGCCGCAAACUUCUAUGGCUUCAAAGGGGACAGUGAGAAGUGGGCGGAGGAAUUCAAGAAGCUGUGCGAGGAGCUCUCUGCUUUCACCCCGGUGCCGUCUUCUGGCAUUGAGGACAUUGAAGCGAUCCGUAACCUCGCGGGCGUGACAUUGCAAUCCGGAUCGCAUGCGACCGCAGGAUCUCUGGAAAUACUCCGAUGGGGAAAAUUCGAUGCCGAGACACGAACGCUGACUGCCACAGGCUUUGGUGGCUUCAAACAGCCGUGGUACACGGGAUCAUGGACCGAGCCGGCUGGUGAUCCCAUCUGGUGCUUUCUGAUGUGGCUGGCGCGAGUGGGCAAUGCUACCUACGAGUUCCGCUUCUCCGAAGACUUCCAACGUGCCGACAUCAUCCCGCGAGGCAAUCUCGGGGUCUUCUGCUGUUGUUGCUGCCCCUGCAUUCCACCCUGGUUUGCAAUCCCGGCAUGCCUGACACGAAACUUCAUGGUUCAAGCCGAUUCCUCCAUCAAGGGCGACCAUUGGGAACGCUUCCAAGGAAAUUGCAAUCAAACGCCCACCUUUUACUACGACAUCUAUGCGGUCUACGAUCCUGAAGGCAAGGAGACACGCUGGAGCCAACUCGCACGAGAGCAAGCCCCAGCGCAGGUAAUGAUGACCAUCUGA